CACCAGCGCCCUAUUUAUUCUAUUGAAAAAUCCCCCCUCGAACCACCCCCAUGAUGCUGAAUUCUUUUUCACAUCACUGAAUUACUGAACCAAAAUAUCAUCAUGCAGUCCGUACUACAGCCCAUCAUCGGUCCCAAGAAGGAGAUCCACGACCUGUCCGGUCGCGUCGCUUUGAUCACCGGCGGUGCCUUGGGAAUAGGAUAUGAGGUCGCUCGUGCCUUUGUCCUCAAUGGCGCCCGAGUUAUCCUGGUCAACCGCAAGGAGGAACAGGGCCAGUCCGCCAUCGAGUCGAUCAAGAAGGAAGCCGGCGCGAACGCGCAGGUCGAAUGGAUUCCCUGCGACAUGGGCAACCUCAAGGAAGUCAGAGAGGUCUUUGAGGGAAUCCGCCAGCGCGAAGAGCGGCUGGACCUGCUCAUCCUCUCGGCCGGCAUCAACGCCAACCAAUACGGCGAAACGCACGACCAGAUCGACCGCCACUUCCAAGUCAACUGGCUGGGCCAGUUCUACGUCGUCAACCAGCUCUAUCCCCUCCUGCGCAAGACCUCCAAGCUGCCCAACACACCCGCCCCGCGCAUCGUCUUCGAGUCCUCCGAGCAGCACCGUAAUGCCCCGCCUGAUGUGCACUUCGGCUCGCUGGAGGAGCUGAACAACCCCGAAGUCGGCAACACGCAGUUGUACGGCCGCACCAAGCUGGCCAUUAUUCUCGGUGUCAAGUACGGCCUGCUGGACCGGGUGAUUAAGCCUAAUAAUGAUAACAUCUAUGCGCUCUCUGUUCACCCUGGCGCUGUCAACACAGCAAUGCAAGGCCAGUGGAAGGACGCCUACCCAGGCAUCGUCGGCAAGAUCCUAACCACGGUGAUGCUGGCCGUCGGCCGCAACGUCGAGCAGGGCUCGUACAGCGCGCUGUGGGCCGCGACCAGCCCCGAGAUCGAGGAGAAGGGAUGGAACGGCUACUACUUCAGUGACGUGGGGCAGCUGGGCAAGGAGAGCAGCCAGGCGUCGGAUCCCGUGCUGGGCGCCGCCCUGUGGGAUCUCAGCCACCGGCUGAUCAAGGAGAAGGCGGGUGAGGAUGCGGUGGUGGAUUGGAAUGCGAGUGCUUGAGCGGUUUGAUGACUAUUGGUGUAUGAUUUUGAUGAAUGUAUAGCGCAAGCGCAAGUUACUGUCUCAAAUGAAG